AUGCUAGGGGGUUCUCCCCCCACAUCGAAUCGGCGUGUGACAAGGCGGAAUGGUUCUUGGGCGCCAUACGGGGCCCCCAACGUGAAUGCGCCUAGGGACGCGGUCCGAAGGCUCUAUUAUGGGGUAUGGGAGUCGGUGGUCCUGUAUGGUGCACCUAUAUGGGCCUCAUCCAUGGGCAAGGCGAAGAUCAGGAAUAUCACCAAGAGGGCAGCGAUGAUCCGUAUGUCUACCGCCUACCGUACAGUGUCACAUGGAGCCUUGUGCGUGGUGACAAGUAACAUGCCCACACACAUUAAGGCGUGGUUGCGGUGGAAGCAGUACGGCGUGAAGAGGCGGAUCGUCAAGAAUGCAGAGGGAACGGAGCCGGCAUUGUACGAGGAGAUGGAGAGGCUGAAGACCGAAGCCGAGGACAGGUGGAGGGUGGAAUGGAUGGCCCACAAUCCGUACAGCUGGACUAAGAGGUUGAUAGAGGAUCCGUUGAUCUUCUACAGAACGAAAAGGGGCAUCAACUACUACGUCAUGCAGAUUCUCACUGGGCACGGUACCUUUAACUGGUACCGUCACAGGAUUGGAAAAGAGACGCAUCCCAGUUGA